AGGAUUCUGAUUCACUAACUAAUAUGAAGAACAAACUUGUAGAAUCAAAGUCCGCUGGUUCACAUCUUCGUAAAACUAUUCAAGAGUUAGAGGCUAAACUUUUAACAGCGGAAAAAGAAUCAAAUAAUUUACAAAG